AGCGCAACAACAACAGACAACCACCAUGCCAAAGCACCCACCAGACGUGUACAUCUCGCACUGUGUCGGACGUAGGGAAGCGUUGAAGGAGAGCAUUGCACUGAAGGCGGGACUGGAGAGCAGAGGGGUGUCAGCGUUUACGUGUGACAAGGAGCCUGUCGACGCUGGUCCAGAUGAUGUGAUUGAAGCCAUCGUCGGGUGCGAGUUAGUCGUGAUCCUGGGCACCCGCAGUUAUGGGGAGAAGACAAUGCACGCGUUCAACUCCCACGAGGAGCUCGACUUCAUCAUCAGCGAGAAGAAGCCCUUCUUCCUCGUCAAGAUGUGCGACAGGUUCGAGCACGCCAAGCCAAGGUUUUGGCUCCGGUCCACCCUCACCAACUACACAUGGCGGCCCGAUCGGGAGCGGUCACACCCACCACCACCAGCAGCCCUCCUUGACGCUAUCCUUACAAAGCUGCAAGCAAUAACAGAACCCGACAAAGGCCCCAAGAACACCACCAGCAGCAGCAAGAUAAGCAACGGCAACGGCGGCAGAAGCAGCAUUAGCAGCAGCAACAGCAGCAGAAAUAAAAAGGUUCACAGCAGUACCACCCAAGCACCCAUAUCCCAUGACACAGCAAGUGACGUGGCCAAGCUCGAACCGGUUUUUCUUACGGACCUUGACACUCCCUUUGCCAGCCACCAUCAUGAUGAUGGCGACGUCAUUGACGACGCGGAUGAAGACGGUGAUGGUGACGGUAAUGGUCAUGACGUCGCUGAGGAUACCAAACCCACCAGUCACCGCCCCCUUGCCACCGCCAGGAAAUCUGGGGCCACGACCACUGCGGGUCGCACGACCAUUGCGUCCGCAACCCGCCGCAGCAGCAGCGAUGGCAGUAAAGGCAGCAGUCGCAAGAAGGACAAUGCCAAGGCCCGCACCAGCAACAGCAAAGGCACCCGCACCAGCACCAGCAAAAACACCAGCACCAGCACCAGCACCAGCACCAGCAACAGCAACAGCACCAGCACCAGCACCAGCAAAAGCACCAGCAACAGCAGUGGCAGCCGACGCGGCAGUGCUGUGAGCCAGCAGCAGGCGCAGGGAAAGAGAAAGGCGAGCGGAUCAAAGCCAGCCCGCAGCACCCGCGCCCGCGUGUCUUCAUCUGCGUCUGCAUCCGCAUCUGCAUCGUCACCACCGCAGAAUGAGAUGACAGCCAGCGUCAAGGAGGCGGUUGACAAGCUGAGCACCAAAGGUGCAACCGCCAUGCCAAUACGCGACAUUGUUGCGCUGAUGAAGCGCUUCCCGACGUCGCGCCGGGUGCUGAGUGAGGCGAGCCAGGCGCUGGCUGCACAGACCUGCUUGAACGCGGCAACGCGAGCAGAGGCGGGCGCGGCGGGGACGGUUGAUGUGAUUGUGGCGACGAUGAAGCGAUACAGCAAGGACGAUCGCGUACUGGAGGACAUGUGCAACGUGCUGAAGAUCAUUGUGUGGCACAACACGGACAACAAGAAGAGGGCUGUUGCGCUCGGUGGCGUAGACCUGGUGCUGAACGCAAUGAAGCUGCGCAUCCACAACGCCAAAUUACAGGCCAACGCGUGCGGGGUGCUGCGGAGCAUCGCCUGUGACGACGACUCGAGAAGAGACAUUGCAGCCAAGGGCGGGAUUGAGCUGGUGGUGGCGGCGAUGGCGCGACACAUUGGCAACGAAGAGGUGCAGGAGAACGGCAACAGCGCGCUGUGCCACAUCCCCUACCAGUUUGACGAGAACAUGCCCAAGGUGGCAGCCAAGGGCGGCAUUGAGGCCCUGCUCAACGGCAUGAAUAGACACAAGGGCAGCGUGGCUGUGCAGCAGAGCGGGUGCGGGGCGCUGGUGAUGCUGGGGCUGAACGAGGUGAGCAAGGCGAGGAUUGCCGCUGCUGGCGGUAUUGAGACGGUCAUGACGGCGCUCACGCAGCACAGCAGCAACGCGGCCAUCCAGGAGAAUGCGUGCGGCGUGCUGGCAAACCUGGCGUUCAACAACCCCGAGAAUGUGGAGCAGAUUGUGGCGCACGGCGGCAUUGAGACGGUCCUUGCAACGAUGAGGAAGCACCAUGCGGACGAGCGGGUGCAGGAGGCGGCGUGCGCGGUGCUGUGGAACCUGACCGACAACAACGAGGACAACGUGAACGACAUUGCGGCUGAGGGCGGGAUUGACGCCCUGCUGAAGGCGAUGGCAAAUCACCCCAAGCACCCGGGCGUGCAGGAGAACGCGUGCGGGGCGCUGGCGUUCCUGACGCAGAACAGCACCGAACACCAGCAGCAGGUGGUGUGGAACAGCGGCAUCACCACCAUUAUCGGCGCCAUGCGGUUGCAUGCAAGCAUCGAGGACGUGCAAGAGCAGGCAUGCCGUGUGCUGCGCCAUCUCGCCAGCGACCCGUACAACACCGGCAUCAUUGCGUCACGUCGCGGUAUCCCUGCAAUCAUUGCGGCCAUGAAGAAAUUUCCCGAGAACGAGGCAAUCCAGGGGCAAGGGUGCGCUGUGCUUGCUGCGCUUGCCGUGGAUCGACAGCACCACGGUGCGAUGCGAGCCAAAGGUGUGGAUGUUGUCAUCAAGCGAGCGCUGCGCACCUUUAGGCGCGUCUCGGCCGUAUCACAGCCAGCCAACCUCCUCGCCCUCAGGCUUUCGGAGGAGUCGGAGGAGUAGCACGUGCGCGCAUGUGUGUAUGUGUGUGUGUGUUUUAUGCUGUGUUGUGUUGUGGCUGCGUCUUGUGUUGUGGCUGCGUCUUGUGUUGUGUUGUGUUGUGUUGUGUUGUGUUGUGUUGUGUUGUGUUGUGUUGUGCUGUGUUGUGCUGUGCGCU